UUUGGCGCGUGGUAACGGCGAAAUCCCCUUGUCUGGCAGUCUGCUAGUGGAGACUCAGUUAAGUGGUUCACAGAAAUGGAGAAGUCCCUCGAAAAUGGUGAUCAACCCAAGCGGGUUACCCUCGAGGAUGCCCUGGCCUUGACAAAGUUUGGCACGUUCAACUACUUGGCAAUCGUGAUCGCCGGGAUGAUCAUCACGGCCGUCAUGCUGGAAACGUUGAGCAUCAGCUUUGUGAUCGCGGUUGCGGAGUGCGAUCUCAAUCUAAUCACCGAGCAGAAAGGAAUUCUGGGAGCGGUAGCGCUGGUCGGAAUCAUCGUCAGCUCGCAUCUGUGGGGCUUCCUGGCGGACACGCAAGGUCGCCGCAAGGUGAUCAUUCCGACGAUGCUGGCAGGCUUCGGGGUUUCGUUUAUGUCGAGCUUUACCACCGACUUCGCCACAAUCACUGCUUGCCGAUUUCUGACGGGAUUCUUGGUUUGCGGAGGUUCAGCGACCAUCUACGCAUACCUGGGAGAGUUCCACAGCGAUAAAGAUCGCUCGAGGGCCAUUAUGGCGGCUUCCUUUGUGUUUGGGAUCGGUUGUGUGCUGUUGCCAGGACUCGCUUGGGUCGUGUUGGACCAUAGUUGGGAGUUUACGAUACCGAUGCUGAACAUCGUGUAUCGACCUUGGCGAUUGUUCCUAGUCAUCUGCGGUCUUCCAGGCUUGAUUGGUGCCUUCGCGCUGCUGCGAUUCCCGGAAACUCCAAAAUUCGUACUGAAUCAAGGUAAUCCCAAGCGUGCGCUCGAAACUAUCCAGUGGAUGCAUCGCAUGAACGUUGGUACUAAAGAACCAGCGCUGCAAAUCGAGCUGAUCCUCGAAGGAGAAGCGAUCCAAAAAUCAGACGACUCCAACGAAGAUCCCAAGAAGCUCAAAGCACUCCUGAAGCUAAUCUGGAAUCAAACCGCCCCACUCUUCAUGCCACCCUACUUGAGCAAAACUCUUCUUGUGUGUUUCCUGCAGUUUGGGUCGUACGUUACUGCCCACGGAAUGUAUUUCUUCUUCCCCGGAGUUCUAGAUAAAUUGAUCAGAUCACAAGACUCAGGCGUUGAACUGACCACACUGUGUCAGGUCGUAUACUCCUCCCAGAUAACCAAUACCACUCUAGAACUCCAAACCGAAUGCACCCAGUCGUUGACGGAGGCCACCUAUGGCUACUCUUUCAUCCUGGACGUGAUCUACAUGCUGGGAUUCGCCGUUAUGGGCGUGAUCGUUAACGCAGUCGGCCGGCUGACGAUCCUGGUGUUUGUGUUCACAACGUGUGGGGUUUGCGGAGUGCUGACGAUCUUCAUCGAAGUCCCACUUGCAUCGAUGUGGCUGUACAUGGUGAUGCUGCUGUGCAGUUUCUCCGUCAGCGUGGUCAGCGCCGUAACCGUGGAUCUGUUCCCAACCCAUUUGAGAGCUAUGGCCCUCGGCAUCUCGACCAUGUGCGGUCGCAUCGGUGGGGUGUUCGGAACCAACCUGAACGGACUGCUGCUGGACAGUCACUGUGAGCUGACGUUCGGGAUUGCUUCGGUGAUUUUGCUGCUGUGCAGUGUGCUGUCGUUCUUCAUCCCUAAUGUCAAUCGAAAGCUGUCGGAACCAAGGCCUAGUGUGGGAUCUAGAUAAAUAAAGCUUUGCUACUCUCUCA